AUGAGGUCGUCUCAGGAACGGCUACCCACUCGAAGAACUCCAUAUCAAACUCGAGAUAGUUCUAGUAACAUUACCAGGUCAUCGAGAAAGCAAGACCAUGGCGACGACAAAGUGGGUCUCAGUAUUGGCCUCCGGCAUUCAGACAGAACGAACACCUAUUCUCGAUCAGCCUUGACUGAGAAUUAUGAUGAUCGCGUCUACCAGGACGAUGAUGAAUCUGACGACAAGAGAAGCUCAGAUUACCACUUCGGCGAUAAUAAGCCUCGGACGGAUGACUCGGCUCAUGAUCUGAAUAGGUCUAACGAUCUUUGCGCGUAUCGGAGAAAGGAUUUCCUGCUAUUACUCAUCAUCGGCUUAUUGGCGGCUUUGCUGCGGUUUAAAAAUAUCGCUGACCCACCCGGAAUCGCGUUUGAUGAAGUGCAUUUCGGCAAAUUUCUCUCAUUUUAUCUCAAGCGGGAAUACUUCUUUGACGUCCAUCCACCUCUAGCAAAACUCAUGUUGGCAGCACACGCUUGGCUAAUAGGUUAUAAGGGCGAUUUCGCUUUUGAAAACAUCGCUGAUAGCUACAUUGGGAGCAGUGUGCCUUACGUUGGGCUGCGAUCAUUUUCGGCUAUUCUCGGCUCACUGACGCCGAUGCUAGUCUAUGCCAUCAUGAAAGAAAGUGGCUAUCCAGCCUUCGCUAGCACGAUCUCGGCGUGUUUGAUUGUCUUUGACAACGGUCAUAUUGUACACACGCGAUUGAUUCUGUUGGAUGCCCCCUUGAUCCUCUUCGCUUCGUGCUCCAUGUUUGCGUACAUCAAAUUUUACAAAUUACGCUACAACGGAUUCAGUAGACCUUGGUGGACCUGGCUCACUCUAACUGGAUUGGCUUUGAGCUUGACGAUCAGUUGUAAAUUCGUUGGAUUGUUCACGUACUUUACUAUUGGAUCUGCAGUAGCUUUAGACCUGUGGGAUAUGUUGGAUAUCCGCCGGGGUCAUCCAUUGGAUCACAUUGGGCGACAUGUGAUGGCACGAGUUACAUGUUUGAUAUUUGUUCCAUUCUGUGUUUAUCUAUUUUGGUUUUGGGUACAUUUUUCGGUUUUGACCCAUUCCGGAACUGGAGACGAGUUCAUGAGCGCAGCCUUCCAGCAAACCCUGAUCGAUAGUCCAUUGACCUUAUCGGCAGAAGAAAUUCGGUAUAAUGACACAUUGCUUAUACAACACCGAGCAACAAAGUGCUUCUUACAUUCUCACUUGCAUCGAUAUCCACUCAAAUACGAAGACGGUCGAGUUAGCUCGCAAGGCCAACAGGUGACUUGCUAUCCUCAUAAUGACACCAACAACCACUGGCUAGUUGAGGCAACCAGACCAAUUCCAGAUUCCGGUCGAGGUCAAAUCGUGAGACACAAUGAUGUGAUCAGGCUCAAACAUAGACUUACCGACAGUUACCUAUAUACACAUGACGUGGCCUCUCCCUCGAUGCCGACCCAUCAAGAAUUUACAACCUGGCCAGAUGUCGCUCAAACUGAUGAAGCUUAUAAUGGGACGUUGUGGGAGGUGGCGAUCGACGACGCUCAUGCAGGACAGCAGUGGAAGACUAAGGCUAGCCACUUUCAACUCGUUCAUCACGUCACCAGAGCCGCAAUGUGGACGAGAAACCUUCCUGCUUUACCAGGUUGGGGAUUCGGUCAGCAAGAGGUGAAUGGUCAUAAGAUGUAUCAUGACAAGACUCUCUUCUGGGUUGCUUCUGAUAUCGUUCGAGACAAUACUACGAACCAUGCCUCCAGACCUCCACCUCCGAAACCCAAAUCAGUUCAUAGUCGAUCAUUUUUCAAAAAAUACUUUGAACUGCAGGUGGCUAUGUUCCAACACAAUUCGGACCUAACCGAUUCGCAUCCAUAUGCUUCACCUCCCAUCAACUGGCCAUUUCUGUUGACUGGUGUCAGCUUUUGGACAAGUACUCCUGAUCUCAGACGUCAAGUAUACAUGAUUGGCAAUCCAGCUGGCUGGUGGUUUUGUGUAAUGUCUCUCUCGGUCAUUGCUGGGGUCUUUGGGGCCGAUCAGUUUGCGAGACGAAGAGGUUAUUCCCCUAUUGAAACUCCUGUCAGGAAUCGUCUCUAUCGAUCGGGAGGAUUCUUCAUUAUAGCUUGGGCAAAUCACUACUUUCCGUUCUUCUUAAUGAAUCGGCAGACCUUUUUACAUCACUACCUACCGGCUCAUCUAUUCUCAGCCUUGGUGGCUGGCGUGGUUACUAACUUUGUGGUGACAGAGUCGAUCAACCAUCCCGUCUCAAUUCUUGGCCCAACAACCAGACGCAGGCCGAGGAUGGUCGUCACCGAAUCACCAAAGGAAACCAUACUCCUCGUCGGCAUCUCGAUUGUGAUUUUGUAUCUCGGCUUUAGCUUCAUCGCCCCAUUGACGUAUGGGACCCCUGGCUUGGAUCCCAGUCAAGUCAACCGUAGACGUCUUUUAUCUACUUGGACUUUGCACUUUGCAAAGUAA